AUGAUGUCCGAUCUGCAUUAUGCAUUUGCCCUUAACCUCCAAAAAAAAAGAUCGCAACUAUGAAUCAAUAAAUAGCUACCAAGACGUAUCCAAUUUAUCAUGUUUUUAGGUCUCAUCUAAUCACAUUUAUAUUAGACUCCUUAAAGACCGUAUACUUAGAGCGUUGGCUAGAAUUCACGGAAGCUUGUCGUACGGUCACUAAGAAAAUUAAGGUAUGAACUGCCUGGGUUAAGAAAACUCAAAUGGGAUGGGCCUUGGACCUAUAUAAUGAAAAAUCCAGGUAGUCCUGGGUCAAGUUCAGUUGUAAGUUUUUAAAUACGUAUCUCGAUAUAUAAUGCAGAGUUUCGGAACUUCGCGCUUUCUAACCACCUCAAAUGUUCUUUUAUUCAAUGGUUAAAUUAUGUGCAUAGUACAUAGCAGGCAAUUUUCCCUAUCAACUAGAAUCUUCGGUUUUAAUUUUUAUCUUUUUUUAGAUAGCGAAGUCAAGAAUCUCAAACCUCGGGUUGGGUUUAGGCCGCUGGUGAGAACUUAGAUUCGUGUGGGCUUAUGCUCUACUAUCGCUGGGUGGAGCCCAAACCCAAAGGCGAAUCUAGUGAUGAAUCAACGUAAAAGGCAACCACGGAGCAGACGAAAAAGAAAGCGACAGCUUGAGAAACCACCUGCACUAAAUCGGUCUAAGCUUGCUCUUGCCGCCCCCUUUACGUCGGUGGCUUGGCCGGACGGCGGGAUUCGAUCAGUCGAAAGACGAUUCUACUGCGAUAAGGACCCGGGGACGCGAAAAAGCAACAUCAGCUAUUGUUGAGAGUAUCAGGAGAUUUUCGCGCGAUAUUGUUUCACCGACGCAUAACAACAUACGGGAGUCGACUUCGCCAAAUACUACAAUAGUGAAGGAUAAUAGAAAAGAAAAAGCUGGCGGUGUACCUGCCUCAGCAGAGCAUUCGAAAAGGCUUGACAGAACGAUACUUCCACAAAACGACCUCGGCGCUGAAGAUUCCGACGACGACAGCAUCGAUUCAAAGCCGCACCUCGUCGCUGUUGUUAGGUUCCUGUUCCGUUGAUAGGACCGUACGUCAGCUUGGUAGGAUCGCUUGAAUCAAGCGGUGUCAAACGAUAUUCGAGGGCGUUCAAUAUGAAUCCAGAGAUGACAAGAGGCGGUAAAUACGAUCUUAUCGCUAACUCAGGUUGGCCUACGCUCGAUAGAAGAGCGGGCAGCCUUCCUAUUAGACUCGAACCCGUAACUGAGACGGUAGUAACACAAUUCGCAUUCCAGGCUCGACAAGCCGAGGAGCUGUCGUUCGGCAAGGGCGAAAGGCUUACUAUACUUGAACGCUUCCAAGGGGACCCAAAUUGGCUGCUAGCGGCCAACUGUCUCGGCCAAGAAGGCUUGGUUCCCAUCAACUAUUUACAGUCUAUCGAGACAUCGACAGGGUCGGGCAACCCACCGCUCUUGAGUUGGACCUUGAAUCAGGAUUCUGCAGCUAAUGGAAAAGGCAGGGUUAAUUUCAUGGAAUACCAACACCAGCCCUGGUUCUUUGGUUCGAUUUCUCGAGCAUACGCUGACGUUCUAUUCAAUGCGUUCGGUUCAGUGGGGGAUUUUCUUGUUCGAAAUUCGGAAAGCAGUGCAAGUGACCUGUCGCUGACCGUACGAGGUCCCGGACGUAACAGGCACUUCCUGAUUCACGUAGAAAACAUUGAAUCUUUUCACAUUGGUCAUCGAAAGUUCUUCCAUCUUAAUGAUCUGGUAGAAUACUAUAAACGUAUCCCAAUCUGCACUACCCCGCAGGGUUACAAAUUGUAUUUGGUAAAAGCAUUUAAAAAGCCGUAAGCGCUUAGCGUUAAAGCUUCUCAAGGGCAGUUCCUCAGGCCCGCGACGCAGUGAGAUGACUUUGAAUUACUCACUACUGCUGUAAAUCUUGUAAAUGAAUAUUUAGAUGUUAUGUUGCUCAUUUAUACUUAUCAAACACACCAUAGUCACGUGUAAGCUUAUGCAAUACAAAUGGGUUGAUAAACAGAACUACUUUUGUUAAGAUUUGGUUAGUGCGUGGUAAACGUGAAGGUUUCUCACAAAAUCAUCGUUUGAAACAAUCACAUACAAUGAAGUAAAC